AUGUUGUCAUCAAAGGUCACAUGCAACUCUCAUGGACAAGAUUCAUCGUACUUCCUCGGAUGGGAAGAAUACGAAAAGAAUCCCUACGACGAAGUUAAGAAUCCCAAUGGAAUCAUCCAAAUGGGUCUCGCCGAGAAUCAACUCUCCUUUGAUCUUCUUGAAUCAUGGCUUCAGAAAAACCCAGAGAUAGCAGCUUUCAAGAAACAUAAUAACGAUCAAUGUAUCUUUAAAGAACUUGCUCUCUUUCAAGAUUACCAUGGCCUUCCUGCCUUCAAGAAUGCUUUAGUCCGCUUCAUGUCGGAGAUACGAGGAAACACAGUUACUUUUGAUCCGAACAACCUUGUACUCACAGCAGGAGCAACCUCGGCUAACGAGACUUUAAUGUUUUGCAUAGCUAAUCCCGGCGACGCGAUUCUCAUUCCGACACCAUAUUAUCCAGGGUUUGAUAGAGACCUGAAAUGGAGAACUGGAGCUGAAAUUGUUCCAAUCCAUUGUUCAAGCUUGAAUGGUUUCAGAAUUACAAAACCUGCUCUUGAAGAUGCUUACAAACAAGCAGAAAAACAGAACCUCAAAGUCAAGGGUGUUUUGGUGACAAACCCUUCGAACCCAUUAGGCACGUCGUUGAGCUUGCAUGAGCUCGAUCUACUCGUCAACUUUAUCUCAACGAAAAAUAUCCACCUCAUUAGCGACGAAAUUUACUCAGGUACUGUGUUUAGCUAUCCCAGCUUUACUAGUAUCAUGGAGGUUUUAAAAAACAGAAACCUUAUGAACACUGAAAUCGCGAAAAGAGUCCACAUUGUUUAUAGUCUCUCUAAAGAUCUUGGACUCCCUGGUUUUCGAAUUGGAGCUAUUUACUCCAAUGAUGAGCGUGUUGUAUCUGCUGCAACCAAAAUGUCUAGCUUCGGUUUGAUCUCUUCUCAGACUCAGUAUUUAUUGUCGGAAAUCCUUUCUGACAAGAAGUUUACAAAAACGUAUCUUUCUGAGAACCGAAGAAGGUUGAAGCAAAGACAUGAAAAGCUUGUAAAGGGGCUUCAGAAAACAGGAAUACGGUGUCUUCAAAGCAAUGCUGGUUUGUUUUGUUGGGUGGAUAUGAGGCACCUUUUGAGCUCAGAUACUUUCGAAGGUGAAAUGGAGCUUUGGUUGAAGAUUGUUUAUGAAGUUGGGUUGAACAUUUCACCUGGUUCAUCGUGCCAUUGUAGUGAACCGGGUUGGUUUAGGAUUUGCUUUGCAAACAUGUCCGAGGAAACCCUAGCAGUUGCCAUGCAACGUGUGAAGUCGUUUGUAGAGUCUAUAGUUAAGAAAAAUACUCAGAGUCGUCAUCAACAGUUACUGAAGAGAGAUUCAAGAAGAUCGAAGUCGCUACCCAAAUGGGUUUUUGAACUAUCGUUUGAUCACCAACGGGAAGUGAGUGAUGAACGUUAG